AAUGACGUGCUCGACGUACUUUUCAACCUGUGCACUGCCGGUCGGCGUACUUACCACGUUUCAAGGGUACGCGUGCAGGAAGUUGAAUUGUACAGAGCAAGCUCUACAGGCGCCUACCUCGUUGUAUCAAGGCAUCCACACCAUACAGGGUUUUUUCACAAGAUCACGCACAUAUAAAGCUCAGCAUGCCAGAAAAUGGAAACCGAGAAGAGGGCAGCAGCUCCACCAUUAGCCGAUUCUACCCCGAGGAGAAUAUCCACUCGGCACUGUCCUACCAACCUCAGGCAGACGACGUCUUCAUUGUUACACAUUUUCCUCUCUGUGGAGGCACCUGGGUGCAACUGAUCAUCUAUUACGUUCGCCACGAGAAGCCUCCACCGGCGCCUUUGAUGCAACGGGCCGCACAUUUGCCGCACCUUGAAAUGCAGGGUGCCAGUGCUGUCCUCGCCAUGCCCAGACCCGGAAGCGUGCGCACCCACCUUCCUUUCCACUUGGUUCCUCACGCAGACUACGCCAAGUACAUCUACGUAGCAAGAAAUCCGUACGACUGCAGUGCGUUCUUUUUCGAAGUGAUAUCGAGCGCCCAGGGGAAAAAUAUUGACGAGGCGUUCAAGGCGUUCCCUUCGUUCUUCGACGAGUUCGUCGAGGGCCGGGCCAUCUGCGGCGAUUACCUUGCCAACCUGGUGUCCUGGUACAAAAAGAGGUACAAUGACAACGUCCUAUUUCUCACGUACGAUGAGCUGCAAGACGACAUUAUGACAACCGUACUGAGAAUCGCCGACUUUCUGGACGAAGACGGCCAAUAUGGCCAAAGGUUGAGGCAGAGCAGGAAACUUUUGAACAAAAUCUGCGCGGAGACGCAAUACGAAGGCAUCUGGGAGCGUGUCGAAGAAGACACGAAGUUGAAGAUGAGGGAGGCUGCCAGCCAUGUCCUGACGAAGGUAAACCGGAGUGGGUGAAGCGGUUGGAGAGAGCAGCGAGCACUGUCACUUUUGGAAGGCUAUUCUGCAAGAAGUUGGCACCAGGCGAGGCUCGUCUCGACUCGAGAAGACAUAUUCAAGCCAGACAUGGUGGCUAAGCUGGAAGAACGUGUCAGGGCUCUGACUGGAGGCAAGAGUGACAUCAUGAAGCUGUGGAAGAAGCUUGAGUAAUGCCAGUGACCUACCCUUUAGACAAGCGGCUGCUGAGGUAUCUCACGAGACAAGGAAUGUAUUCUGUGAAACAAGUGUUUUGGUAACAUGAAAAUAUUGCGCUAUCAAUAGUAAGCACGUAGCUUGAGAGCACACUAUUGUUCAAUUUAGGCAUAAAUAAACAAAGAAAACAAAUGUACGAUGUUUGAAAGCCAUUGACUACAAAAUAUUUUAUUCUCGUUCUAGUAAAUUUUUUAUUUGAGAAAGUAAAUAUAGCUGUAUACC